AUGAUAAUCGGCAAGGCGAUAAACAAGUGCAAGAUCAUCUUCAACCUGCGCUCCCUCAAAAUGAUGUUACAGUCAGAUCAAGUGAUGAUGGAUUUUUCAUUCAUGGAUUUCUGUUUCCAAAGUCAUAGGAAACAAUUCCCCUUGUGCGCUGAAAAGGAAUUGCACAGUUUCAUUUGCAAGAGGUCGAAGAACCACCUCCUGAAGGUGGUCACGCUCAAGCUGAGCGUCGCUUUGGACAUCAUGAAGAACAACCCGAACUUGGACAUCAGAAUAGUGCAUCUUGUUCGGGACCCGAGAGGGAUACUUGCGUCGUCAAAAGUGAUAGUUCUUGAAGAUUUCCUACACAAAGCUGAGUUUUUUUGCUCACGGACUAGGAGUGAUUUGGAAACAGCAGACAUCUUAAGAACCCAUUACCCUGACAAGUACAUCUUAGUGCGCUACGAAGACCUGGCUAUGCACCCUUUGACUUUGACGAGGAAAAUAUUGAAGAAACUCGGUGAACAAACUUCAAUAAAAACUGUAACCCAUGUGCAGAGAAUCACUAAAACUAUGGCAGUUAAAUCGAACGAAGAGAACUUUGCGACGUCUAAGUUAUCAACUUCGCGGCCCUUCCAGUGGAGAAAAAAAUUCGGGUUUUCCGAGGUUCUAGAAAUUCAGAAGACGUGUGGUGAUGUCCUUACGAGGCUGCAGUAUAGGAUUUUUAAUGAUGAAGAACAGUACAAGAAUGCAUCCUAUAACAUCCUUCUGUGA